CACGUCGAUUUGAACCACCACACAGCAUCAGCAGCUCGUAUUCCAUUCGAUCUCUUCUUCUUCUUCUGUUGGAUGACGGAGACGAGACGGAGAUGAAGUGCACGCGGCACCCGUUAGAGAACGGCGUCGGCGUCUGCGCCCCUUGCCUCCGCGAGCGCCUCCUCGCCCUCGACGCCGCGACCGCCCCAUCACCGGAUGACCGGAAGGCCUCCACACAAACCCCGUCGCCUCCUCCUCUCCUCUUCCCACGCUCCGUCUCCCCUUACGUCCCCCGCUCUGCCGCUGGCGGCUCCCGGCGGGCCUCCUUCCUCUCCGCCCUCUUCGGCCGCCGCAGACAUGGGAACCUGGAAAGGAAGCCUCAGCGAUCCAGCUCUUGGCUCUCGGCACUCCUGCAUGGCCGUCGGAGGAAGAUGACCUCGUGCAUGUCCGUCGCGGACGACGCCGCCGAGCCGGGACGGGACUGGGGCAUCUCGCCGGAGAGAUCCCGCGGCGGGUACGACGCCGAGCCGCCGUGGCGUCCACAUCGGUCCUCGAUGACGUGGGCCACCGCGGAGCACCACCAUCACCGCGGAAGCGGCCUCGCCGGUUUCGCCAUGUGUCUCAGCCCGCUGGCGGCGGCGAGCUCCAGCAGGAGGCGGUCUCGGGUGGCGGAGUUCGGCUUUUCCGGCGAGCUCCCAAGGACCGCGUUAGGCCCGCAUCGCCACCGCCGGCACGCGUCUGCCGGGGGGCCGGUGAUGUGGCCCGACACGUCGCGGAAACCGACGGAACUCGGCAGGUUAAGAUGACGGUUUUGCCCCCAAAAAUACCACAAAUUAGACAGUCUGCCAUUACCAAUUUCCAUACAGGAAAAUAAAUAUUUUGCAUUUACGUUAAGAAAAUAUUAAUAAAAUUCUUGAUACUCUGAACACAAUAUAUUCUAUCUCUGUAAAUUAAAAGUAGGCUUAAAUUCUCAGGAAUUUGCUUUAGAGCAAUCUAUCUUCUUAUUUGCUGAUCAAAAUUGCUUAAAAGGAGACUUUAUUUUGAACAAUCGCAUUUGAAAAUUUCAUUUUACAUACAGUAUAGGCAUAUUAAAUGCAAGGAAUUUUUUGUUGGAUUAUUGAAAGAAAUAAAAAGAAGACAAUGGCUCAAUACUGGCCACGAGGUUGACAACAUGUAAGUGGUCAAUAUUAGAGAAGAU